GCGCGACUGCGCAAUGCAUAGCUGCCUUUUCCAACAGGUGUCUAAAUUCUCUCACUCACUCUGAGGAUUUUACGCACUUUCAAACCAAACGUCAGAUGAAUGAAACGGAUUUUGCGUGUUUUAGAGCUUAAAAUGUUACCGGACUAAAAAAUUUCUUCGCUUUCUUGAAGAUUUACGCAUGGAGAUACGUUCACUUUUCGUGACAUCCACGAAAACAUCUCAUGUUAAUUAAUGUCGUUUCGUACUUUUAGGUAACAGUAUAAGGAAAAGGUUUAUUGUAGAUGCCGAUCAUAAAGCAGAGUAGCAUUUUAUUUUUAACGCUUUGCAUUUCUUCAUUAUCCAUAUUGGACUCUGCUUUUUUCAACCUCGCAUGAGGGUUUGACAUCUAUGAAUGACUUUACUGGGUAUAAGACAAGCCUGUGACUGAACCACUGUUUUGGUAUUUUAAUAAUGAUUAUGACCUCGAGAUCUCCAAACUGAUAACUUGGGCUCGAGUGAAACAGCAUACACUGGAGGACGAUGAAGACAGUUUUGUAUUUUUUUGCUGUUUUGAUCAUCUGGAACUCGGUUUGUGUUUGUGGAAAAGAAUUUCUCGAACCCUCUGAGUCUCCUUGGACUCUGUAUUCUUUGGCAGAGGAUAAUACACGUUUACCCUGUCGAUUCAACACAUCGGACAGCGAGGUUAAGGUAGUACAGGUGAUGUGGAGUCGAGAGAAAUCAAAAGGAGGAGAAGAACAGAUUAUCACUGCCCAUUUCAGUGAAGGCCAAACAGAGAACACUGGAUAUGCAGGGCGUGUGCGAUUUGAGAACAGCGAUCCGAUAGCAGAUUCUGCUCUGAUACUUAUGGGCACAAGUCCCGCAGAUGAGGGCAAAUACAUCUGCAAGGUUGCCACCUUCCCCACAGGAAACUUUGAGACUGAGAUUUCUCUCACAGUCUGGACCAAGCCUAUUGCCUCCCUGGAACCCAUCAUUAUGGUUGAGGGUCAAUCAUACAGUCUGGCUGCUACUUGCCGUUCUGUGGCUAAGCCAAUGGCAGGCCUCUCCUGGGACACAGAACUUCCAGGUCGCAGCAAGAACCACAGCUUUGAUGAUGGGGUGGCAUCGAUCCAGUUUUCCCUCCACCCACUUCGUAGCAUGAAUGGUCAGAAGCUGGACUGCCUGGUCUGGCACCCAUCUCAAAAGGGCCCUCACAGGAUUACCAACAACCUUACAGUGCAUUAUCCCCCAAAUGCAGUGAUUUCUGGCUAUGAGGACAACUGGCAUGUUGACAUGCAAGAGGCUGUGCUACAGUGUAAAGGUCAAGGAAAUCCAAAACCACACCAGUUCAACUGGACUAGGAAAGGUGAAAAUUUACCAGAGGGUGUAACUGUGGAGGGUGGCAUGUUGCGUUUUGGUAGGCCCCUCCGCUUGACAGAUAAAGGAGCCUAUAUCUGCACAACCACCAAUGUAGUGGGAGCUGGGAAAGCUGAGAUUGAAUUAAAUAUAUCAGAAUCAUCUCUGCAAGGAACAUCUGUUAACCUCAUUCUAAUGAUUAUUAUUGGUGGUGUGGCUGUAGUGGUGGUUCUCUUUCUCAUCAUAGUGAUCGUUUCUGUAAACCGCCACUAUAAACGCAAAAACCAACAGCUGGCCAUAGAACUAAUUGAAAAAAAAGAGGAAAUCAGCACACUAUCAAGACAAGCCUCGUUUAGGAGAGUUCACUCCACUCCUUCGGAAAACAGAUACUCGGAUGACACACAUGCUUUGAGAGUCGAGGGGACUUUACGGACCAGCCUCUCCUCACUGGAUCGUCCUCGCUCUAGGGAUAGUCGUUCCACUUUGGGAGGAUUGGAUUCGCUUGGCCGUCCUGCAAUUUAUAACACUUCCAGAAGAGGUAGAGACAAAACGAUGGAGAGAGGUGACAGAGAAAGCACUCGAUUGAUGAUGGAAUAUGAGCAGGGCAGUAACGUAUCACAGGAAACCCAACUCCUCCCUCCUCUCCAUCCCUCCUCCUAUACAACAGAACAGACUGUUGAAAUUAACCGUUCUCGUAAUGGCAGUGCCAUUCUCUUAGCAGAGGGGAGACCCCAAUCAGGAGCAAGUAGCAGAGGAGGCAGCAGAGGGCAUCAUUCACCCUUAAUAUCCGCAUAUCCAGUUCUUACAGAUGAAGAGGAAGGAGAUUGUGUCAGCCCCACAGAUGAAGAUUUAAGAGUUCGCAGAGGCUUAAUGGAACAUGAUGCUUUUGAAAACGGAGGUAGCGAGACAACCAGUUCUCUGAUAUCAGAGGCACUAUCAAGUCAUUUUGAACGUGCCAAUGGGACACUACGGCCCAAGUCAAAACCCAAUAACAUUCUGCUCCCAGCCAACACAACUCUGCUGAUUUCUCCCCACAGCCCACCUAUUCACAAAGCGCAGAUCGUGUAGAGAUCCUGCAUCAUUUGUAUGUUUCAUUAGACCAGGCAUACAUUUUUCAGACAGGGUUUCAACACAAGUGGAUAUGAAACAGAAGAAUGUGUUCCUCUAUAAUAUCACAAUCCAAUGUGAAUGGAUUGUAAAAUGGAUCUGUACAUAAUCUUUUUCAAUACAGAACUAACACAACCUGCUAUUUAAAAAAGAAGAUAUUUUUUAAUUCAAACCACUUGAGUACAUUGUCAAAACUGUGGACUGAAUAUCAGGACAGAAAAGAAAGGUACUUCUCAAAUGGUACCUAAGUUGAACUAUCAACCAUUUGGAAACUGGUCCUUUUGAGUAUUAUGGGGCUUACAUGUGUUUCAGGUACAGUCUGAAGAUCACCAGAGUUAAGCUCCCUUGUGGAACCAGGGAAUGGAUUUGCUUUUAUUAUUUUUUAAGGCUUCAUUCGAUUCACUGUUGUGGGAGAAAACACUACAUUAUUUCUAAUGCGUCUGGUCAGUUAAUUCUUCACUGUGACUUAAUGUUUGUAAUCCAGACAUCAUGUACAUCUGAUGUUCAAAAAAUUGUUCAAUAUGUGUCUGUUGUUUAUUUUUUAUCUCGUUGUGUAUGACAAAAGCCACUGCAUGAAUAGUAUUAAUGAAGUAUUACAGAUUGCCUGCAUUAAAACAAUUUUAAGUGCUGUUGCA